UGCUAAAUCAACAAAAUGUGUUAACAUUAGAAAAUUUAAAUUAAUUGAUUAACGUAAUGUCGCGAGAUAAUUCAGGAACGAUUGUUAAAUCGAAAAGUGAAACAAGCUUAGAUCGUAUAGAAGACGAGAAGGGCGCGAAAAAUGAUCCGAAUGAAUUUGUAGUCGGUAAAUCGAAUAAAUCAACGCAAAGUGAUAUAUCUCAAUCAAAUUGGAAACAUAAAUCUUAUUACGGUGGAUUGCAACAACAACAACAACAACAGCAUCAGCAGCAACAACAACAACAACAACAACGUUCGACAUCUACGUUGCAUUUGCCGAAGCAUAAUCAAUAUCAGAUAAGCGAAUCUAAUUUUUCCAAUUACAAUCCAAAGAAUAACACGCUUAGCUCGGCGCAAAGUGAAUUGAUAUUAUCGGCUAAAAACAGAGCGAGCAAAUAUGUAACGUUGGAUAUGAGAUCGAGUGUCGUAGGAACACCUCAACCCUCUCAUUUUUAUCUGCCUUCAAAUUCGAAUAAUUAUGCUGGUACAUCUGGGGGUAUUGUACAUCCGUGUAACACGUGUUGUUGCGCCUGCACCGGUUCGCAAUUUUCUCAUACGAAUUUACCACCACUCGUUACAACCCCUUCGAUUGAAGAACAGGAUGGACCACAAGGACUUUCCUGGAGAAGAUUACAUAUGAGCAGAGCAAAACUAAAAGCAACUGCAACUACGUCCGAACUAUUAAGUGGUUUCGCAAUGGUCGCAAUGGUUGAACUACAAAUAAAUGAUCCAACUGCGGUACCGGAAUGGCUGUUCGUUAUGUUUGCGGUUUGCACGACGGUAUUGGUAUCAGUGCACAUCUUCGCAUUAAUGAUAAGCACGUAUCUUUUACCAAAUGUCGAAGCUAUAAGUAAAUUGCAAGUGUCGCGUUUGGUAACAGAAUCCCCGCACGAAAGAAUGCGCGGUUUCAUCGAAUUGGCCUGGGCAUUUUCCACAGUAUUAGGAUUGUUUUUAUUUUUGGUCGAAGUAGCGAUACUUUGUUGGGUCAAAUUUUGGGAUUAUUCCUUCACCGCUGCUACUGCCAGUACUAUUAUAGUAAUACCUGUACUUAUAGUAUUCGUAGCCUUUGCCGUUCACUUUUAUCAUUCCCUCGUUGUUUACAAAUGUGAAACAUCGAUAUCGGAUAUGAAAGAAUUAGAAAGUAUCAAACGAAAUUUGGACAAUGCAACAAUCAAUCAUUCUACGGUGUAAUAAUCAAUGUCAAUAGAUAAACAACGAAACUCUUCAACUUUUAAACAACGAAACUCUUUUUGAUUUAUUUAUUUUUUCAAUUUUUUUUUUUUUCAUAGAACAAAUUACAUGUUCCUAUAGAAUCUAAUAAUUUCAUUUUCGAGAAGGAUCGUUUUUAAACGUAGUAGUAGUGAUGAAGAAAGUACACGUAUAUAAAUCUAUUUAAUUAACAUUAUUAAUAAACAUUUAAUCAAUUAUUUUGUUAACACAGCCAUAAAAGGAAAAUGGCUAUGCAUCGUUAUAUAUAAUAAACAAAUUGUACACGUCGAUGUACACGUUUAGAAUCAAAAUUUGCAACGAAACAAAUCGACGCGCGCAUAUUUCUUACGUUUGUUGUUUCUAUUUUUAAUUCAAUAUUUUGUUCAUUAAUAUAUCGUAUUUGAUCUUUAAUUUCCUACAUUGCGCGAUUUCAUUUUAAAUUCUUCCAUGAAACGUGAUGAUUAUUGUAGGUUUACAUCAUACGUAUCUAUAAAUUCAUUUUUGUUGACUUUGGAUUUGAAAAAAAUAACCGAACAAUCAUUUUGCGCUUUUGCGUUUCAUAUAUAUACAUAAAUAUAUGAAUCUUUUUAUGUUUUUCUUUUAAUUUACAUAAUAAUGAACAGGUUUUUGUUUACGUCGAUCAAAUGUUUCAAUUUAUAGCAUAAAAGUUCCAUAGUAAAUCAUAAUUAUAUUAUAUGCGCUGUUUUCUACGAAAACUAAAAAGUUUGUUC